AUGACAGCGGCAAUUUCGUGUUGCACUAUAGCUGCAUCUGUGGAGCGUCUUAGGUUAUCUGUGGUCAAGAGCCACGGUUUGGUUAACGAGGCCAACAGAGGAAUUCUGAUGAGUAGAGCUUGGUUGAUUCCGCAGUUUAUUCUCCUUGGAGCCCUUAACGGGACUAAAGAGUUAGCCUUCCGCCUCUUGCUCCUUAAUCAAGUACCUCAACCCGGUAAUCGGUACAGGGCUUCGGCUCAUGGUGUUUUUGGAGCGGGGAUUAUAAGCAAUGUCUUGUCUGUUUAUGUAGUGGGUAAAAUAAAACCCAGUUGGUUCCAAGAAACCCUAAACAGGAGUCGUUUGGACAAUUACUACUGGACCUUGGCUGCUUUGACUGCAGCUAGUCUGCUUAUCUAUGUUCCAUUGAGCCUUCCACAUCGGUCUUCACAGCAUGAACCGGAAAGUGAACAUCGGCCGAACGACAGCCACUCUGAUAGUGAAGUCGACGCAGAAAUGGACAUCGCUCCGUAG